AUGGGAUGGGCGCUUGAUGAAGGGAAAGGGGAAAGAGGUGAAAGAGGUGCAGAUUCGCUUUGGGGAGGAGGCUGUGGUGGUGGUGGUUUGUGUAGCAUGGGGAAAUUGGGUACCAAUGAAAGGAUGAGAGAGUGGGAUCGACGUCAUGGUAUUUAUCUAUCUAUCUAUCUAUCCAUCCCAUCUAUUCAUCGACUUGGUGGAGGACUUAGGGUUAGGGCUGAAGAAGACGACGGCGGAAGUGAACGAAUGUGGUUUUGGGGACAUCAAGGAUAUUCAUUUAAUGUUUAG